UUGGCAUAGAGAGACUGUUUAUGGGGCCAGACGCGCAAUCAUCCUCCUUUCUCUGCCACUUAUUACUUGAACCGAGUUCGUCGGGAAUCAUAUCGUCCUGACCCGGACCAUGCGAUGCUACAAGCCGCCGCUAUGAAGUCAACCCAACAGCCUCUGAACUACAUUCAGGCCGGCGGUGGAGGCGUUGUUCCCCAGACGGACGCUCCAACGUCGGCCAGCAAUGCAGGAGAACGUAGAGUCACGAUCCGCUGCUUUCAGUCCUCCAUCAGCCUUCCCGUGACGCCUGAUACGUCCCCCGUUGAUUUGCUGUAUUCUUCGGCGAAUCUCAUGACCCACCAGUUCGAUCCGCAGACCAGCAUCGUCGUUGAAUGCUACUUCGCCUUUGGCCUAGAACGCCGACUGCGACGAUACGAGCGUAUCAGGGAUGUUCUUAACUCUUGGGAACGCGACAGCCAGCAUUCCCUCCUCAUCAUCCCUGACGCUCCGACAGAUCGCAAUGCCGAUCUUACUAUCGAGUUGGUACCGCGUUCCGACGACCCGCCGCCGGGUUUCAGUAAUUUUGCCCUCCAGCACUGCCAACGGCCGGGACGCUGGAACAAGCGCCUAGUUACCUUGCUGAACACCGGCCAAGUCUUCACCCAUAAGAAGCCAGAUGCGAAGCCUUCUGAUAAAGACAGCACACUUCUGUGUAACCUCUCCGAUUUUGACGUCUAUCAGGUUACGGAAGAGGAUAUGCUGAACCACAUCAGGCCACCCAAGACGCACGUUUUUGCUGUGAAAAGCCAGCAGAAGAACAGUGUUUUCCUCAACACCGAAAACUUCAUCCAUUUUUUCAGUACCGAUGAUGAUGCUGUGGCCCGGAAUGUCCAGAGCGGCAUCCAUUCGUGGCGAAGCUGGUAUCUAGUCAACAGGAAAGUUGACCUCGGCCGGAAAGAAAGGGCCCAGCAGAUGAACGGCGAUACGCCGGCUGCCCACAAGACCGUGGGUAUUGUCAAGAGCGGCCACCACCGUCUCAAGGUCUCCGUCGAUGAGACACCUUAUACUAUUGGGACUUUUAGCCCGCUCCUCGACUUGGAUAGGUUCGACAAACCAAUGGAAGAAUUCGGCAAGGAUUUCCUUCCCGAAACAGGUGGAAACCCGAACCCGACCUCACAACCCCUGGUUCACAGGGCAAAAACAAACCCGGGAAACUCAAGGACGCCAGUGGAGGUGGUGACGCCGGCGACGUCUAUUACGACCCUCCCAGUACCUCCAAAGUCGCCAGAAUCUUCCGCAGAGCGCGUCGCAGCUUUCGCUAAGGAUAACGAAUUCAAGACAAGCGGCUUAUUGGGCAAGGCAUACGAGGACCGCAAGCUGCACACUGAGUGGAACUCGGGGGAUGAACCUAGCAGCGGAGGCCCUUUUACCGGAGGCCUGCUGCAGCACCAUCAGGAGCUCGGUCGACAGGCGACGACCAGGUGGCCCGAACGGAGUUACACCCCUCGAGGGUCGGCCUCACCCCCGAUGAAACAGCCCAAUGCUAUACCUACAUGUAUACCCUUGGAUCAACCGCCCCUUCAAGGCCCUUUCACCGGCGGUCUCUUGCAGCAACACGCGAUCGACCAGCAGAAUCGACGACCAGGACGGAGUAAUACCACAACCAGACGACCGCCAACAUCAUCGGCCGUUGCACAACCUUCUGCCACCAGUGCUACUAGCACAAUGCGCCCUCUGACACGGUCCAUGACCGUUUCUUCCCGCCCUACCACGUCGGACAGCGCUUCCUACGCCAAGCAGCGCGAUAAACCGGGCCCUCUCCUCGACGUUGCCCCCAAGGUCCCGGAAAUCUCGUCGUACUGGCGCAGCGGCCACGGCCACGGUGUCCGGGCACCGACUGGCCUGCCUCUUAUCAGCAUGGCAACAGACACCCGUCCGGGAUUCCAACAGCCCAGCGGCAUGGUGCCUGGCAUGAUAUCUCCGCCCAUGAGCCCCCCCCUUGCCGGGCUCGCCAGGAGAGCCACCACCAAGACGACGCAGUCGGCCAAGCCGGCCAAGUCAACACAGAUGACCCCUGCGCUUUCCGCAGGCGCUCCUCUACCGCGCGCUUCGCCGUCGAGGCCCAGGAGCCAGUCCACCACCACCAAGGCCGCCGCAGCUGCGGGUCGACGCUACGUUUCGCACGAGAAACCGCCUUCUGUCCCCGUCGUCCCGCCUAUUCCUUUGCGCACACCUCCCGUGCGGUCUUCCCGCCGCAAUGAUGAUGAGGACGUUCCGCUGAUUAAUUUCGUUGAUCGGACGCGGAGCCGGGACCCUAACAGCGGCGGGAGGGGUCCGGAUGCGAGGAGUCGAAGUGGGACGAUGAUGGGGUGAACGAGGGGGUUAGUGUGGUUUUACUGCCCGAGUAAGGAAGCGUUCAAGGCCAGACGAUAUGUAUGAUACCGAGACGUAUGGAUUUCAUGUUUCCCCACCGGAUGGCGAUU